CACUCUUGAUAUUAUCUAAAUUCAGAUAGAAGAUUAUCUCAGCCAGAUCAAUAAAAUAGCAACAAAACUGGAAGAAACCAUUAUUAUUGAUAGAUCGUUACAGUAAAAUCCUUCAGUUAUGUUCAUCUUGUGGCUGAACAUUUUCACCAUUCUGUUAGGGUCUGCUAUAUCAGUUCCAGUACGUCAAGGCGACCAGGACUGGUGGAAACACGGAGUCUUCUACCAGAUCUACCCGAGAUCCUUCAAAGACUCCAAUAACGAUGGCGACGGGGAUCUUCAAGGCAUCUUGGAUAAAAUGGAGCACUUCGCUGAUGCUGGGAUCACUGGGGUUUGGCUGUCACCAAUCAUGAAGUCGCCACAGAUAGACGCAGGCUAUGAUAUCAGUGAUUACUAUGACGUAGAUCCCAUGUAUGGGUCCAUGGACGACCUGAAGAGGUUGAUCAAGAGGGCUCAUGAUCUUGGACUGAGGAUCAUCCUCGAUUUCGUGCCAAACCACACCAGCGAUCAGCAUGAGUGGUUCAAGGCUUCUGAGAACAGGACAGAGGGUUAUGAGGACUUUUAUGUUUGGGUGGAUGGAACGCCAGACAAACCUCCAAAUAAUUGGAGGAGUGUGUUCAGGAAUUCCGCUUGGACUUGGUCGGAAAAAAGGAACCAAUGGUACCUUCGUCAAUUCCUGGCAGCACAACCUGAUUUGAACUUCUGGAAUCCUAAAGUUCGAGAAGCGCUUUGGCAAGUCUUGAUCUUUUACAUGGAUAUGGGCAUAGAUGGAUUCAGGGUAGACGCUGUGCCAUACUUUGUUGAGGAUAAGCUUCUGAGGGAUGAACCAAGGAGCUAUGAUCCAAAUUCACAGCCAGAAGAUCAUGAAUACCUAGACCACAUCUACACAAUGAACACUGAUGACACCUUUGACGUACUUUACGAGUUCAGGGAAGUUGUGGAUAACUACACGAGGGAACAUGGAGGAGAUGCAAGGAUUCUCAUGUCAGAAGCUUAUGCACCUCUGGACAAAACAAUGAGAUAUUAUGGAACAGCUGAUGGGAGCAGGCUUGGAGCUCAUUUCACCUUCAAUUUCUUCUUUGUUGGAGUUAACCUGAACAGCAGUGACGCCUACAGUAUUGAGAAUCUAGUCUACACAUGGAUUGACAACCUUCCAAGCAUCUAUGUAUCGAAUUGGGAUAUGGGGAAUCACGAUAACAGGAGGGUGACCACUAGAUUUGGCGUCGAAAACGUGGAUGGUUUCAAUAUGUUACUGAAUCUGCUGCCAGGAAUCGGUGUUACAUACUACGGAGAAGAAAUUGGUCAGGAAGAUGGCGAGGUGACUUACGAACAAGGCAAAGAUCCAGCUGCAAGGAACAGAUCGACGUUCUACAAAGUGAGCAGAGACUUCGAGAGGACUCCUUUCCAGUGGGACGACACGGUUAAUGCUGGUUUCAACGAAGGCCACGACACUUGGCUCCCAGUCAGCGAAAAGUAUCACGAGACAAACUUGGCAGCUCAAAAGAAGGUGGACGGUUUGAGCCACUACAAAAUAUACAAGGAAGUUUUGAGGAAACGUCAGGAAGAUACGGCAAGAAUUGGGGAUUCCAAAAUUUGGAGUCUAUCCGAGGACCUGCUGGUCUUGAAGAGGAGUCUGGAUAACAGGCAUAUCGUACUGGCUUUCAAACUAGGUUGGCAUAACCAUACAACACCCGAGACAGCCUACGUACCUGGUAUCAAAUGUGAUACAGCCAAAGUAGCAUUGACCAACGUCAAUUCAUCGUAUCAAAUAGGGGAUAUGGUGGACCCAUCAGGGUUUGUCCUGGAACCACAUGACAGCAUCGUUUUAGAUAUUGCCUGUUGAAUAUUUAUAAUCUGAGUAUAUUAUGUAAUUUAGUGUGUGAAUAAACACUUUCCAACAAAA